CCUCCCCCGCCCGCGGCUUCCGCUCCGUCGGCGAAGCCCCUCCCCGCGCCAAGAGGCGGCGGCGGCGGCGCUGACAGAUCCGGAGCGGCUCGGCUGCUCGCGGCGCCUCUUCCGGAUGGACCCUCCGGUCAAGGCCGGGCCGCUCUUGCUCCAGCAGCCAUCGGGGCUGCGUAUCGGCGCCAAGCGAUGGAAGAAGAGCUGGUUUGUGCUGUACCCGGCCAGCCCGCAUGGUGUGGCGCGCCUGGAGUUCUUUGACGGCAAGGAGGGUCCUGUGCCGGCAGAGCGAGUGGGCACAAGGCGCCUGGACAAGAAGAUUGUGCGCCUGGCGGACUGUGUGAGCGUGGCCCCCGCCCCAGAUGGCAGCCCCAAGGAGGGCCUUUCCGCCUUCCGCCUGGAGACCAACGAGCGCAGCUACCUCUUUGCCGCUGAGCCCCACGAGGUGGCCGACUGGGUGGCCAGGCUCUGCGAGGCAGCCUUUCUGCAGGGCAAUCCUGGCAAAGCAGCAGCCAACUGCGCUGGGGGGCGACCCCUGGAGAUGGCCAUGAAUGCCAUUUAUUACUCCCGAGAGGAAGUCAGCGAGUUCUGGGUGACGGUGCAGAAGACGGAGGCUGCUGAGCGCUGCAAGCUGCAGGGGGUCUACGUGCUCAAGGCAUCCGGCGAGGGCCUCGUCCUUGGGGACCCCCACUCCAACCAGCCCCUCUUCACCUGGCCCUACCGCCUGCUCCGCAGAUAUGGCCGGGACAAGGUGAUGUUCUCCUUUGAAGCCGGACGGCGCUGUGAGUCUGGGCCGGGCAACUUCACCUUUGAGACCAAGCAGGGCAAUGAGAUUUUCCAUGUGGUGGAGGCGGCCAUUCAGGCGCAGAAGGCACAGGUGGUUGAGCAUCGCCACAGCACCUGCUCCCUGGACGCCGAGGUGGGCCAGCUCCCGGGUGCCCUGGCCAGCUCGCUCAGCCUGGAGGGCGAGAGCCUGGUGCCCGCUCUGGCCCCCGAGAGGCACAGCCUGCGCCCGGCCCUGGCUGCCAAGCUCAGCGCUGCCACUGCUGCGGAGGAAGAGGAGGUGGUGGCCCCCGCCAAGGGGCUGGGCCUGCGGGACCCUCUGGCCAAGUGGCCCAGCACUCCCCCCCGCUCCCCACUCCCUGAGGUGCCAGGACACCCACUGCCCCCCGAGGAUGCGGGCAACGUCUACUCUGAGCCUCUGGACGCGCUCAGGGCCUCUCGCCCCCGGCUGGACACCCUCUAUGCAGAACCCGUGGACAGCCGGCGCGAGGGGGGCAAGGAGCGUUGCCCUCCCCAGGACAAAUUGCUGUAUGAGGAGGUGGGGCCUGGCGGCGGCCAGGACAGACAGAGCGACAAGGUGCACAUCUAUGACGAGCCAGAGGGGCGGGCCCAGUGGCCGGCCCCCACCCCCACUGCCAUCUACGAUGAGGCCUGCCUCCCCUGCGAGGCCUGGCGGACGCAGGGCAUGGAGAGCCCGGCUGGCUAUGAGCUGCCCUGCCUGCUGGGGACGGGGGAAUAUUCAGUGCCGGCCUUCCCCCUGAAGCAAGGCUUCUCCAAGCCCCCCAAGCCCUGCCCUGCCCCCAAGCCCCCCCGCCCCCACAAGAAGCCCCCCCAGCCAGGAGCCCCCAGACCGGCACCCGGCAACAGCAACAACAACAACAGUGGCUGUGGGGCAGAGGAGCCCCUCUACAGCAAAGUGGUGAAGCCGCCCCUCGCCAGCUUCGGUCGCUCAGGGGGGAGCAGUCGGGAGGAGCAGUCGGUGGAUGAGAGCCGGCCGGCCUCUGUUUACGAAGACCUGGGUGAGAUCUGAUGGCCCCCAGGGAAGUCGGAGGGGCAGGGAGAAUCCCCUUGGGUCCUUGCAAUAUUUUUCUACAGAUGCCUAUUUUCAUAUUAAAGCUUUUUGUUUCAGUCGA